CACCAUGGCUAAUGAGAGGCAGGUGACAAUGGCCAGGAAGAAGCUGAAGGCCCUGAAUGAAGGGCUGGUGACCGAUGUGGUCUUCCUCGUCGGUGCGACUGAUGCCACCGCGCAGGAGAUUCGAGCCUUUCGGUCAGACCUCGUGGUGAGCAGCGAGUUCUUCGUGAGCCUGCUGGACAGCCCUCUGACCUUGAAACGCCACGGGAAAAUCAGGCUGAAGAACAUUGAGCCAAAGAUCUUUGGUCUGGUCAUCGAGUUUACUCAUUUGAGUGGUCAGCUGGUGUCGGAAGUGGACGGUCUGGACACUUGCCUGAAGUUGGCAGCGGCAGCAGACGAAUACAUGAUCGACGACCUUGGAUCUGUGUGCCUGAAGCUGCUCGAGGACAGGUUCCUCACCGUGGACAACGUGUGGACAGUGCUGAGCGAGAAUUGUAUGGUGGAAGCUGUUGCCUCGACUUGUAUCAAGAUUCUGGGCUCAAAGACAAGCGUCUGUUUGAACCAUCCGAGUUUUCUCGAGGCCAGUGAAGAAGCAGUGAAGCUCUUCUUCAAUUUGGAUAAAAUGAACAUCAAAUCUGAGUCGGAACUACUGGAAGCUUGUCUUAGAUACAACAAGACCAAAGAGAAUCAGAGGUAGAGGAUAUUAUUUUCAUUAAAACUGAAUCUCUUGUCUUUUGCAGAGAGGUUUUUCGCCAAUGCUGUCUUCCUGGCCUUCGUCUUCUUGCUCUUGACUCAGCUGACCUUGCCGAGGUGUUUCCCAUGCUUACUCUGGAGGAGAAGACCAGCAUUGCGGCCUGGAAAAGCCCUCUGAUGGCUGCAGAGAAGCCUAUACUCGCGUCUGGCCUCUGUCCGAUCUCAAAUGCGAGGUCGGAAAUCACCGGAGAGCAGACGUUGAAUUUAGUUCCAGCCAGACAUGUUCUUGGCGUGAGAGAUGUUUUCUUGACUGAUUGCUUCGUAGUAUGUCCCGAUAUCGCAUAUGAACCUGAUCGGGACAGAUGCUGGGUUACACUUGAACUUUCCCCGGAAAGAAACAUCAGAAUCUCUGGCUUUGAGAUCUUCGACAGCCUGGACCUAACCAACGAAGUUUUCGACAACAGUACGGGGUAAUUAUCCUCAAUUAUCAUUACGUUUCAGAAUUGAUGUAACCGCUGGGUCCCUGCUGCUGCUCCGGAUCAUCACACCUCUUGAUCCUGAACGUCAAGGACGAAUACCUAAACUGACGAAGAGCAUCUUUACCCUAGGACUGGGAAGCAACAGAUUAAUUUUAGUAAAAAUACCUCAACUAAAAAUGUAACAAUUUUCAGUAAAAAUUCGUUUGGAAGAAUCGUCGAAAUCACAUUAACUGUCGACAAUCGCCGCACCCUUUGGUCAUAUUCCCUCUCUGAUGAAGUGACAGUCCCAGAUCUAUUUCCAUUUAAUGGCUGGACUUUCUUCAAGCACUCUGCUCUGGUUCCUGCUGGUAGUACUUUCACUUUGAAGGUAUGUUUCAGUAAGAAUAGCGUCUUGAGGACUCAGAAGUCCGCUAUGGAUCUGGUGAAAAGCAUCAACUCAAGCGCUGCCUUUGAUGUCUUCAGUCAGAUUGGAAUUUUUUACAAUGACAAAAUGUAUGAAUUCUUGAAGACAAGGCUUCCAGCUGACACCCGGUUAUGCAUCUUCAAAUCAAUUAAAUUCACUGAGAUCUGAAUUGAGAUCGAUAUAUUUUACUAUCAAUUUCAGCAUUUCUUUUUUAGUUUGGAAAAAUAGUUUUUUGUAGUUCUUAAAGUCACA